CGCUGUGGGGAAGUGGGCGGGACUGGUAGUGGGGAGCUGGAGUGGUGGUUUCGAGGGUUUCUGGCCUUUCCAGACCUUUGUUGGUUUUCUGGGUUGCGGAGCUCCCUUAGGGCCUGGGGGUUUGUGUCGUCCCGCGCACGUCAUCGUGAAGUUCGGUCUAAGGGUACGGUUUCCCAGCUACCGUGCCCCUCUGCCCGAGGCAGAGUAGCGGACUGGUGGGCGUGCUGCGCUGGCUACCUGCGUCCCGUCAAAGAGCCAGAAGCUUAAGUGAAAAUGGUAUAUGUUAGAAGACACGAAACAAGGAAAAAUUCUAAAACUCAAGAGCAUGAGCAGAAAUCUCGAGUUGAUUGGAGGCGGACUAAAAGAAGUAGUAUUUCACGGUUAUUUGAUAGUGAUGAAGACCUUGACAGUGAUGAAGAGCUUGACAGUGAUGAAGAGCUUGACAGUGAUGAAGAACUUGAUAGUAACAAGGGGUUCGAUAGUAAUAAAAACCCCGAAAAUGAAAGAAAACUUAGAUUAAUUGAAGUUGAAAGUGAAGGUAGUAGUAACUGUGAGCAUCUCAUGAACACUGGCAACCGUUCAACAUACGAAGAAGAAAAUAACAAAAACAAACCUAGAAGUUCUGACUCACCAGAUCAUGAAAAGCAUUCCAGUCAAGAGGAUGAUGAUCUCAACAAACACACUGGACAGAUAAUAGAGGAGGAUUUAGAAGAAGAACACAUCAAGCGAGGGAAGAGAAAAAGGAUCUCCUCUGUUAUGUACGACAGUGAUGAGAGUGACAGCAGUGAUAUCCUAGUUCGAAAAGUAGGUGUUAAACGUCCACGUAGAGUGGUUGAAGAUGAAUGUUCUUCAGUAGAGAUGGAGCCAAAAACACCUGAAAAAACUUUAGCUGCAAGAAAGCGAGAACAAUUCCAGAAACUCAAAGAACUCUCAAAACAAAGAUCUCGUCAGAGACGCAAUAGUAGUAGAGAUUUUGAGGACUCUGAAAAGGAAUCCUGCCCAAGCAGUGAUGAAAGUGAUGAGGAGGAGGAAGAAGAUGAUUAUGAAUAUGAUGAAGAUGGAGAUGAUUAUAUUAUUGAUGACUUUGUAGUUCAAGAUGAGGAGGGUGAUGAAGAGAAUAAAAGCCAGCAAGGAGAAAAAUUGACUACAUCACAACUGAAAUUAGUAAAACAGAAUUCUCUUUAUUCUUUUAGUGACCACUAUACUCACUUUGAAAGAGUUGUGAAGGCUCUUCUGAUCAAUGCUUUAGAUGAAUCUUUUCUGGGAACAUUGUAUGAUGGCACCAGACAAAAAUCAUAUGCACAAGAUAUGUUGACAUCUCUUCAUUAUUUGGAUAACCGCUUUGUUCAGCCUCGUCUAGAGAGUUUAGCUUCUAGAAGUCGUUGGAAAGAGCUAUAUAAGGAGCGGGUAGAAAAUUAUUCUAAUGUAAGUAUCCAUUUGAAGAAUCCUGAAAAUUGUUGCUGUCAGGCUUGUGGAUUGCAUCGCCACUGCAGAUACUCGGUGCAUUUAUCAGGAAAGUUGUAUAACACCAGGACUAUGGAAACAGACGAUUUCAUGUCACAUGAUAAACAGGUGUUUACUGUUGGCAGAAUUUGUGCUGAUCGUACCAGAAUUUAUCACAAACUGAAACAUUUUAAGUUCAAGCUGUACCAGGAAUGCUGCUCCAUUGCAAAGACAGAAGAAGUUGAGGAUGAACAGGUUAAAGAAACAGUGGAAAGAAUUUUCAAUCAGUCAAAAGAAAGUGGCUGGAUUAAGGAGUUUCCUACCAUCACAAAAGUCAGGUCAUCAGGAUCCUCUCUCUCUUCAUUGGGAAUGGAACCAGAGUUCAUAAGAAACCAUUAGAAAUAUGGUCAACUUCAAGAAUAUCUAAAUUUGGCGGAUUACUUUCAAGAUGAGAAGUUUGACUGAAUUGUAACACAUUUCCUUCAGAGAAGAUUUUAUAAAUUCCUGUUAAUGUGAAGAUCAUGAGUCUUGUUUCUCUGUAUCAUGUGACACUUUUAUAAAUUUUAUGUGUAUUUUCAUGGCAAAUAUCUUGUUUAAAACAUAUGUUCAUCUUAAUUUCCAUGAAAUGGCACUCACAGUCGAAUAAAAGUUUUAUCUGCUGUACAUAGAAAACAUAAGCCUAGUAAUUUUUAAGUAAGUGUAUUUUAAAGUUACAAAACAAUGCCUUUAUAACAGAUGAUCAUCAAGUGAAUGAGCUGUUCAUGUUCUGUCACCUUAGUAGACAAAUACUGUAUUUUAAAAAUGAAUUUAGAUCAACACCUACGUGUAUUUAUUAUUGAAUCCCUGCCCAGAUCUGUUGAUUAUCCUUUCCAGUAUUAAAUGAUCUGCACUGA